UUCCAAUCCCCUCCAUAUCAUGUGAUUCAGGUGUUCCAAUCCCCUCCCAAUCAUGUGAUUCAGGUGUUCCAAUCCCCUCCAUGGACACAGGUGUAUACAAUCAAGCCCCUAGGCAUGCAGACGGCUUCUACAAACAUUGGUGACAGAAUGGGUCGCUCUCAGGAGCUCAGUGACUCCAAGCGUGGUCCCGUGAUAGGUGGCCACCUGGGCAAUAAGUCCAUCCGUGACAUUUCCUGGCUACUAAAUAUUCCACGCUCAACUGUUAGUGGGAUUAUAACAAAGUGGAAGCCACUGGGAACAACAGCCACUCAGCCACCAAGUGGUAGGCCACGUCACAUGACAGGGCGGGGUCAGCGCAUGCUGAAGCGCACAGUGCGCAGAAGUCACCAACUGUCUGUAGAGUCAAUAGCUAAAGACCUCCAAACUUGGUGUGGCCAUCAGAUGAGCCCAACAACAGUGCGUAGAGAGCUCCAUGGAAUGGGUUUCCAUGGCCGAGCAGCUGCAUCCAAG